UGCUACUCCAUAAACUCCUGUUCCUCUUCCAAAAUCAUUUAUUUGCUGAUUUAGUACAACUUCAAACAAUUCCAGCGCCCUGGCUCAGCGUUCAUGACGCCCAGUACUGCUGGCUGGCUUCUUCUCCCGUCAUACCAGGUAUAGCUUGCUGGAGGAGUGAUUGAUUUGUAGCUUCACCAGCAUGCCAGGCCUGACUAUGGAGUCCAAUCGGGGAAGCACUAGACUGCCACGCACCACAGUCAGAUCGAAGGACGAUAACAAUGCUGUUGCGGCGACGGGCUCGGUCGUCAAAACAGAGGACAACGACGAUGACGACACGUACAGGUCGCGACCCCAGCUGCCCGUGGCACACAAACUCAUGCGCAGCCUGCGCGAGUUGAUGAAGCUAAUGGACACCGGCGGGAUUGACGUUGACCCAGAAUAUCAACGAGAGGUUGUUUGGGCCGCCGAUCGAAUGACCGGGUUGGUAAACUCUCUGAUGGAAAACUUCUACAUCCCACCCAUUAUAUUGAAUAAGAAACCGCGGCAGGCCCAGGACCCAUCUGCCCCCAAGGAGACUCUCGUAUGUGUCGAUGGCAAGCAACGCUUGUCCUCCGUCCUGGCAUUCAUCAAAGGCAUGAUCCCAUGCCACGAUCACCGCGGAGAGAAGUGGUGGUUCUGUGAGCCUGUUGGCAGCAAGCGAAAGCGCGUUCUCUCAGAGCAGCAGCGGAGACAGUUCUUCCAGAAAGAGUUUGUGGUAUUCGAAUACAAUAAUCUGUCCCCUGAACAAGAAGAGGAUCUGUUUGCCAGAGUCCAAAUGGGAGUGCAGCUGAACCUGGCUGAAAAGAUGCGUGCUUCGACUGGGCCCUGGCAAGAACUGGCCAGACUCUUCGUCGAGGAUUUCCCUCCCGUUUAUUCCUUGAUGAAAGACAGGGCGAGAUCGAAGGACUUCCAGCUGACGUUGUCAUGCUUCAGCCAGAUUGUUGAAUGCAUGUACCCAACAGCGGCGAACGGAUUUCCCGCACUGAAGACGAAUUACACGCAUCUGCCCAAACUUUUGAGCAACAAAAGUGCUGUCGACGAUGGGCUCAAAUCACACCUUGCCAGCGUUUGGAACACGCUAAAGGACCUAAUCGAAACAGACCCCGACACCUUCACUAAUGGCAACAAGUAUCUACGGGGAGUGCAGACCUUUGCACCCGUUGAGAUGGUUGCAGUAACUGUACUGAUCUCGAUACACUCUGAGACAAGGAACAACAGACUGCUACUUGGCGAUAUCCAAGCGAUGCGGACCGCUGUACGUGAGAGCUUUGUCGACCUCCGCCUCAACGCAAACUUAUGGAAAUGGUUCUGGGAAUACAUUGACUCGCUUGAAGAAAUUCGAGGAGCCAUUGACGGUACUACUGUUGAUCGAAUUACAACACAGCGAACGAAGAAACAGAGUACAGCAAUCGGCUCAACUGCUGCGGCAAUUACUGCUGCUGCUACUGUACCAAAAAAAGGCAGAUUUACAGCACGUACGAAACGGCCAGCUGCAACCACGGGAGAAGAACCACCGACUGUACCACCGAUUAUGGUGAAACAAGAGCAAUCAACGGUGGUUAUGCCUGGCCCCCGCCCACCAAAGCGACAGCGUAUCGGCAACAGUCCCUUCGUUGCAGCAGUUCCAUCAUCCGAAGACAUUCCAUACCGAGACUCAUCAUUAUCUCCUUCAUCUUUGUACGCAUCCACGCAAAUUGCUGCGCCUCUCGCGUUGAGGUCUCAACAUACGGAUGAUCCAGUGCCAUCUCCGUCACAGACCACUGUUCUGGAAUCGCUGAACCAAUUCGCAUCGAUGCAUACCACGCAGCAUCAAACACAACCACAGACUCCAUCCGAGGCCCGUCAGCGGCGUGUUUCCGCCCUGCAUGGGUUUCAAUCUGCGCAUCGCCCCACAGUCCGUCCUGUGUCGAAUGGCUCGCCCACGUUCCAAGGAAUUAUAAAAGAAGAGUCUCGGGCGCCAGUAGCGCCUAUGGUAUCUACUUCCAAACCUUCAUCGGUAAACCGCUAUGCUGCACAACAACAGGAUCAACAACAGGAUGUUCUAGCGCCCGCGCAACCGGAGUCACAAUUGCCCCCUCGAUCACGUUCGACCAUACCCCCGAUACUUGCUCAGAGGGAUACCGAUGAAGUAAUCGACCUGACUAGUGAUACAGAACAAGAGCGACAAGAUUUGCUGUCGGCAUUCAAGACCAGACAAGGGUCUGGCCUUGAAAAAAAGGCUCCAAAGUCUGCGUCAGGAUCUGUGGCAAAAAAAUCACGCAUACACUAACCGGGCCAGUUUAGUAUCGAAGGGGCCACAAUUAAAGGAGAAUAACACCAUGCGAAGCUCACGGUUACCUGAUGAGAAAGGUACUGGUAGCCGACACGUGGAAAGUCUUACUGGGUAUUUACUAUUCAGAACACUCUUAAUAGGUAUCUUCAGUGCUGGAAGAUCAAACAGCGGUGGACGCAAAUACUAUCAACUACUGAAGCAGGAUCUAUAGCGCUUGCUGGCGAGAUAUCAAUCAUAUUCGUACCUGACUAGAC